AGAGGCUGAUUUUUAAUUGCGCCGCGCCCGCGACUACACAGUCAUACUAUCGCCGCGCGUUUAUUAAUAAUUGCGAGUGGAAGUGAAGCAGAUUGUGUUGCGCGCCUACGAUCGAAACGCGCGCGUCACCCGCCGAACGGGCUUUCCCUUUCUCAGGUGCUGCAGUUGUUGUUCCUCCGUCGGUCAAGCAAGUCGGUCACGUCGGAGAGGCGCGGCAUCUCGACAGGCUGCAAGUUCCGGUGAAGUGAAAGUCGUCACCGAAAGAUUGCUCAUUUGUUUGUUCCGCGGACAUCGUAGGGUGUUCCAGAUUAAGAAGUUACAUUUUUCUGAGCCUCUCUUUGGAGGUGUGUCCUCGAGACCAAAACACCUUGAGUCCACGUCGAUCGCCUCUUCCUUAUUACACGACCUGCGGAUGUUGGCUGGAUAGAUUGUUCUUCAACUCGGAAGGAUGAUGAGACCAACAUGGAUAUUGUGCCUUGUGGCGGCCGUGCUUCUUAAGAGCGAGGUGCGCGCCUUCUCCAAAGGAGCCCCUGAUUCUGCUUGUAUUUCCAUGAUCCCUGGACACAACGUUGAUCCGCAAGACUCCCCGUCGCCCUACACCGUCGAGCUGGCGCCCAUCAAGAACGACAACGGUCGGCGCCUCGUCAACGUAACCAUCGUCAGCCAGGGCAACGCUGACUUUGCUGGCUUCAUCAUUCAGGCCCGUCCUGACGGUGGAAACAAUGCUCUCGGCUCCUUUGAAGUUCGACCAGAAUUGGGAAAAACGCACACUUGUGGAUCUGGAUUAAAGAAUUCUGUGACACAUGUCGAUGCAAAGCGAAAAAGGACAGUUGAAUUGGUUUGGGAGGCACCCAGCAACUUUGAUGGUCAUGUGACUUUCAAUGCAACUGUUGUGCAUAAUUUCGCUACCUUCUGGACCGGCAUUAAGUCGAUUCCUUUAAUUGUUCGGAGUACACCAACAGGCGUUGAAUAUGACACAAGUUCAAAUAAGCCAACAACCAGAGUUCCUUACAAAUCGACUGUCUCCACGACAACAACCGCUAGACCUCUUUCGGGAAGCCAGGUGGCCAAUCCAAUUUAUGAGGGCUGCAAUUCCAUCAAGGGCUGCUUUGGUUGGCCUAGCAAUUGUGUCAACUCAAAAAGUUGCCGAGCUUUGGUCACCUACAAGUUCAAGAGCUUAAAUUACGAGUUUGAAUUGUAUGCUGAUGACAGAAUCUGGGCUGCUGCUGCAUUUUCUCAUGACAAAAUAAUGGCUGAAGACGCUGUGAUGGAAUGUGUUUACGAAGAAGACAAAAAUGAAGUGAACGCCUAUGUCUCAUGGAACGAGGCGGCCAACCCUCGUAAAGGAAAUCACCGCGUUGAAUCAGAUCUGAAUCUCUUAGAGUCGUCUUACAAAGACAAGCAACUCUACUGCCGUUUCACUAAACCCCGCAUCAGCACAAUCGAGGGAGUCGAAUUUGAUCUCGACAAGCCUUACCAUCUCUUUGUUGCUGCAGGCACAGACCUGAAAGGCAACAGACUUGGUUAUCACCAGUCUGAACGUGAUCUGACCGCUGAGAAAAUAAGUCUGACUGAUAUUCAGGAAGCUAAGGGUGCUUCAAAAAUUUUGGUUCAUUUGCACGGUGCCUUUAUGAUAGCCGCCUGGAUUGGUGCCGCCAGCAUCGGAAUUUUGCUGGCUAGGUACUUCAAAAAGACUUGGGUUGGUUCUCAACUUUGCGCUAAGGACCAGUGGUUUGCUUGGCACAGAGUUUUUAUGCUGUUCGCAUGGUGCCUCACUCUGGCUGGCUUUGUGAUUAUCUUUAUUGAAAUUGGAGGCUGGUCAAGUGCAGACAACCCACACGCCAUCCUUGGCUGCAUCACCACGGGUCUGGCAUUCAUCCAGCCCUUCAUGGCUGCCCUUCGGCCGGCGCCAAAUGCCCCAAGGAGGCCUCUUUUCAACUGGUGCCAUUGGCUGGUGGGAAAUUUGGCCCACAUUUUUGGAAUUGUGACUAUUUUCUUUGCCGUCUUGCUCCCAAGAGCAGAGCUUCCUGACUGGACUAACUGGAUCUUGGUGGGAUAUGUAGGCGUUCAUGUUGUCAUGCACCUUAUUUUCUCAAUUGCUGGUUGCGCCAGUGAUAGGAAGAAGAGAGUCAAUUCGUUCCCCAUGCGGGAUCUUUCGCACAGUCGAAACUCUGCUCACUCUCAUCAUGAAAAAAGUCAGGAUGCACCUUAUUCAUGCAUCCGUAAAUUCUUGUUCGCCAUAUAUUUCAUUGGUGUUGUGAGCGUGACUGUGGCCCUCAUCGUGAUCGUCGUUCUAGCGCCCAUCGAAGAUACAUUCAAAGAUGUGAAAAGCAAAUUGAACAUCUAAGCCAAGGAGUUUUUUUAAGAGAAGAGCAUCACUUAACAUUUUCAUAAUUUUCAUUAUACAAUCAAUCACCAUGUGCAAUGACCCCAAAAGUCUGUUUUAGAGGCCUUAUCUUUUGUCUUCAAAUUCCAUCUUAAUAUAUAUCACUCAUCAUUUUUAGAAGCAAGAGGAGAAUAUUAAUUCCGUUAGUUGUAUGGUUAGUUUUUACGCUAUGAGAAUUUACAGAUUUUUUUUUAAACAAACUAAGCGUUAAUUUUUUGUAUUUGAUUGAAAUACUUUAAUUAACAAACCACCUGAUAUUUAAAUUUCUAAUUUUUAUUAUGAAUCUCGUAAAAUGAAUACGUCCUAAAUAAUUUGAAUAAGAAAUCUCUGCAAGACUUAAUUGUCAUAAAAUAAUUUUAUGUUGUCUGGUAUUACAUGAAGAAAGAAUAUUAUGUGGAGAUCAAGCUUUCGCAAGUUUUUUGAUAGAUAAUAAUUGAGAUAUUACAAUAUUUAUAUUGAGAAAAACUCAUGAAUUUAAUUUGUAUAAAUAAUGACGAGAAAUGUUUUUACUGUGAAAGUGUGAAGCGAACAAAUUUGUGAAUUUUCAUUUCCUCAAGUUCAGGGUCCCAGCUGCUGACGGAUCUUAUCCCCUUGCACAAGUUUUAUAGAAUAAUUUAUAAUUUACAAUGUAAAUAAAAUUUUCCAGUAAUAAAAAAAUUCUUCAUUAACAAAAAUUA